AUGCCCUUUGAUGUCUACCAGGUCUGGAAGCCCGUCUACCAAGCACAUCGUUCUAAAUUCGUGCGGGUAGAAUUCAGCUACCAAGGCAUAGGUAGCGGGGAAGGCCUUGCCAGAUUAAAAAGCGGUGAAUUCGACGUGGCAGGAUCGGAUGCGGAACUGAAUAAUGCAACAUACGAUGCAUUUCCGGAUUUCCAAAUGUUUCCCACAAUGGCAGAGUCGGUGUCGGUACCAUACAACGUCCCGGAGCUUUUGACCAACUGCAGCACGGCAUCACAUGAUCUGUCCAGCUGUUUAAACUUAACCCAAGAAGCCCUUGUUGGGAUAUUUAACGGAACCAUCCAGUACUGGAAUGAUCCAUUAAUUAUCCUGCAUAACGAAGCUUUACGCAAUGUCAAUAACAAAACCAUCGUUGUGGUUCGCGCUGACGGUUCAGGCACGACCCAGAUAUUCACAGGAGCGUUGGCGCUAUUCAGCAAUACUUGGAGAACAGUAUAUUCCAAAUUCAGCGAUGGAUGCAAAUCCAACGAAAAACCAAUUAAAUGGAACUCUACGCUGAAUAUUCGAUGCGGCAACACGGGACGUGGCUUAGCCGCUAUUCUUCUGGAAAACAAAUACUCCAUCGGCUACUUAGGCACAUCUGACGCACGUGAUUCCAAUCUGAUGGAAGCUCGACUGGAGAAUCAAGAAGGUCACUUCAUUUUCCCAACUCUCCACAGCGUCGAAGCGGCUAUCGAUACAGCGCCCGAUUUCGGCGCGCGUUUAACAUCCGACCUUAACAAUCUGCCGGGAAAUGUAACGUAUCCAAUCGCCGGUUUUACGUAUUUCGUAAUACGGAAAACGUCUAUGCGCAACUGCACCACUGCGAUGGAACUGUACAGAAUGUUUGACUAUCUGCUGAGUGAUCCUUUAGCGCAGACUAUAGCACGGGAUCUGAUGAAAGUCCCACUGAGCGCUAACGUCUUCAAUCAAGUCAGGCAGCAAGCGUUGUUUCAAAUGACAUGCCAAGGCCGUAAUGUCAAAGAAAUGACGGAUUACGCUGUGUCGCUAGAAGACGGUUCUCAUGACGCCUGGAAACUGCCUACCGCCAUCGUCAUCGUUCUGGUCAUGGCUAUUGGCUUAAUCAUUUUUUCCGUGUGGGGUUUUGCGCAGUAUCAAAAGCAUAAAAGUGCGCUGACCAACUCUUUUAUCGUUCCCGCAGAGGUCAUCGAAGCGCACGCCAAACCGGUUGGAUCGGCCGUUAGCACGAAAUCCAGGCAUUCGGGUCCCAGUUCGGGAGAAAUGGUGGACUGGAUAACGGGAUUUGAAGGGGAGAUUGUGCAUCAAAUGAUAGGGGAUAAUCUGCUGCUGACGACAUUAUGCUACCAUCUAGACGCUUCGAUGGCAGACGAAGAUCAUGCUGGUAGGUUAACGGACAUCUUACGCAGCACAAUAUUCCAUUUGGACAACAUCUUCCGAAGUUCCAUUAUCACAGACAUUGCUCAAGCCAUGGCUUAUCUUCACCAAAAGAACGUUAUCCAUGGCCAGUUGACAACAAGCUGCUGCUAUCUCGAUGCCCGUUGGAAUGUCGUCGUUGGAGACUGGGAGCAGCUAUCUCUGCACAAAGCCAACAAAGUUGAGUUUUACGCCUACGAACGAAUACACAAUGUUUUGCACGACGAACAGAACCAAGAGAUUAACCAAUAUGACUACUGCCGACUGCUCUUCUGGACGGCUCCCGAAGCGCUAAUUUGGAUAGCCGGCGUGUAUGCCGCUAGUGGUAUGCAGAAACCCGCUGAUGUUUACAGCUACGGAGUCGUUAUAUACGAGAUAUUUUCCGGUUGUGAAUUAUACGAACAUAUACUGAAAGCCUUGAGCGAUGACCUUUUCAAAUCUCCCCAGUUGCUGCUGAAACAAAUCAAAUCCGAUCAUCUGCGACCGGCGUAUUACAACGAAUUAGCCAUGAAGUUCGACCAGAUCGGUGCGUUAAUUUGGUCGACAUGGGAUGCCAAUCCAGAAAACCGUCCAACAUUCUCGGAAAUCUUAAAACAGCUAAAGAAAGCUAAUCCGAAGCAGAAAAGUAUCCUGGACACCAUGAUGGUAGCCGUGGAGCGCUAUGCUGCUACUUUGGAAGAGAAAGUGAUGGAACGCACCAGAGAUUUAGAAAAGACAACCAAGAGCCUGGAAUCACUACUGAAUAAUAUGUUACCGGCGGCAUUGGCUGCCAAACUGGCCAAUGGAGAACUGGUUGAGCCUGAGUACUCUGAGAGUGCCACGGUAUUUUUCUCCGAUGUCGUCGGCUUUACGACGUUUGCUUCUACACAUACGCCUUUUGAAGUUGUGAAACUUCUGAAUGACCUUUAUUCAGCUUUUGAUGGAGUGAUAAUAAAAAGUGCAGAGGUGUACAAAGUGGAAACAAUUGGUGAUGCCUACAUGUGUGUUUCGGGUACUCCUCAGCGCAAUGGCAAUAAGCACUCAGCGGAAAUUGCCAACAUGGCUCUGAGUAUUCUGAACACUGUAGUGUCGGUCAGAAUAUCCGAGGUACUCUCGGAACCCCUGAAAGUUCGGAUCGGAAUUAACAGCGGACCUGUGAUAGCCGGCAUAGUGGGUCUGAAAAUGCCCCGCUACUGUCUCUUCGGUGAUACCGUAAAUACUGCUUCCCGCAUGGAGAGCUCGUCUCUGCCUUUAAGAAUCCAGGUGUCGCAAGCGACAAAAUUACUGCUUGAUGAAUUCCAUAUCUAUCACAUGGUAGAACGAGGAAUGCAGAGUGUAAAGGGAAAGGGAACGAUGAUGACUUAUUGGCUAAUAAGCAGUGAUCAGUUCAAAGAAGUGCUUCCUGAAUAUAACUCUGCAGAUGAUACCCAGUUAUUUUUGUUGUUAGAUUCCACUCAAGUGAAAUAA